GUAGUUGACCAACCCAGCCGCUUGGUGCGCUGCUGUUGUUUCAGCCCAGCUUCCUCAAACCAGCUUCUUCCGUUGUUUUUAACAUGGCCACAACACCACGCUAGUCAGAUACUUAUCUAAGACAACUGUUUUUAAACAUUAGCACACUGAGAAUGCCAAGGAAAAAGAAAAACGGCCAUAGCCCGGCCAGAGUACCCGGGUUGUCAAACGACAACGACAACUACUACCGAACACCGGGAACGAGUGACGGCGCUCCGCUGUCGAGAAGUGAAUUCAACACCGGGACUAACUCUCACGACUACGGCGGUACUGAUAUGCUCGUUUCGACAAACUCAGGAGGCAUCUCGGCUACUUCUCAGGACAAGGACGAGAUCGUGAGGACCAUGAAGGAGAUGUUUUGCCACCUGGAUCCGGAAGUUCUUUACAUUGUGUUGGCCGAGUGUGACUUCAGAGUUGAGAAUGCGAUGGAUUCUCUCCUGGAGCUGUCUGUAGCAGCUGAGCGUGUUGGCCCCCUCCCUCCCCUCCUCUCCGGGUUCGAGCUUACCGCAGCUCUCCUCAGCCCCCAACACAACUCCUCCAAACCAGACCUUCACCCCCGCCCGCCUACGGGGGAGUCCGCUGUCCCCCUCUCCCCUCCCCGACGGGCACCUCCUCUCCUCAGCGAAGAUAACCAGGACCUGACCACUGACUUGACAGAAGAGUUUGAUGUUCUGAUUGACCGUGAGCUGGAGAAUCUUACCAUACAGCAGGAAGCUGGAGAGAGGGACCACGGUGAUCUUCACUCCUCCUCCUCUUCCGUCUCUUCCCUCUCCUUGCUCGUUCAGCCCCCGGGCGCCCAGCAGCAGGCCCUGCCACAGCCGCUCCAGUCCGGCCCAAGAGCCUCAGCCUCCACGAGGGGGCUCCCAGGGGAUCAGCCAUGCCCAGACAGGGUGUUCUCAGCUGGGCAGGCUAGCGGACCUCACUCCCCUGUCUCUGACCUGAGCCUCAACUUCUCGGGAGGAGCAGCCGGUUACCGGCGGCAACGGUCAUUACUGGACUUCGGCCAUCUGACUUCAUCGCCAUCCGAGACGGACAGAAUUAAACCCAGCCUGCUUUUGGACCCGGGGGCCGCCGAUCGCCCCUCUGCAUUCCAGGCAUACAGGAAACUGGACCAGUUCACUGUUCGUCCAGAGGGUGAGCGGACCGUACCACCAGGCGACGUAGUAAGGGGGGCGAGGACGAAGACUGGCGUCGCAGGAGAAGAGCGACUCGCCAACCCGUCGUUCUGGAAUACUCGAGCGCCGGAGUUCCAACCGCAUGCCCGCGGAAAUCAGCCAACGGGGCCGGCAUUUAUCGUCCCUGUGGCGCUAAGCCCCUCCUCCUGGCACACCCGAGCCACACCCGCCUCCCACUGGUUGGCCCAGGGCCCUUUCGGUCAAGCCCCUACCGUCCCCAGGUCUUGGACAGGGGGUGUGUCUGCUGGCCCCAGAGCACCCCUCCAACAUGGUAGGCUCCGUCUGGAGGGGCGUGUCCUAGUGCUGCUACGGGGAGCUCCUGGGUCGGGCAAGUCCACCCUGGCCCGGGCCAUGCUGGAACAGAACCCACAUGGGGUGGUGUUGAGCACGGAUGAUUAUUUCUGUCGUCAUGGGGACUAUCGCUACGACCCCUCAGCUUUAGGGGAGGCCCACGAAUGGAACCACGCUAGAGCCCAGGAAGUGAUGGAGGCCUCUUUCUCUCCUGUUAUUAUUGACAACACCAACAUGCAGAGCUGGGAGAUGAAACCCUACGUAACUAUGGCUCUGAGGCACAACUACAAGGUUUUGUUCCGGGAGCCUAGUACCUGGUGGAAGAACAAACCCAGGGAACUGGAGAGACGUACUAGGCACAGUGUUAAAGCAGAGAAGAUCCGUUGGAUGAUGGAAAAUUAUGAUCGUCACGUGACCAUUCACUCCAUCAUGGGGAGCUCUCACCCCAAACUACCCCCCCAUUACGACCCAACACGACCCCCUCAUCACGACGCCAAACUACCCCCCCAACAGGACCCAAGCCCACCCCAUCAGGAGGCCAAACUACCCCCCCAACAGGACCCAAGCCCACCCCAUCAGGAGGCCAAACUACCCCCCCAACAGGACUCAAGCCCACCCCAUCAGGAGGCUAGCCCGUCACAGCCCAAGUCCUCAGACAAGGCCCGCCGCGACCUGGUAGGAGAGCAGCGAUUGGUCCAGGGCUCUGAGAGGUCCUGCCCCCAGCUCUCCUCCUCGCUUCCCGACGUGUCGUUGGCCGGCCACUCCGGGAGAGCCAGAACCCCGGGUUACAGCUCUGCCCACGGGUCCACAGAGUCCCUCUCCCUCAGUGAACAGGCCUCGGAAAAAUGUGCGAUUCUGGACAAUUCUAAAAUUCUGGACGAGGAGGAUAUUCUUGAUUUAGGAACGUUGGUCUCUGAACCGGAAGCUCCGUGGCAACCGGACGACGAGGGGAACAGGGGGGAGGAAGAGGAAGAGACAGGAAUUCCCCACUGUCUGGUGGAGUCUGUGUUUAGUGCAGAUCUCCAUGGUGACGACGAGAGGCCCGUGGCUUUCUCCGAGUCGAUUGGUCAGAGGGUGAGGAAAGAGAGGAGGAGUAGAACUAGGAAGACGGACUCUGAUAGGCUGGAGCCUGCUGUCAUAGUGAAGGACGCUAGCCAAUCAGUGAGCGAGGGGGAUGGAGAGAGAGAGGAUGGAGGAGGGAAGUUGGUGGGAGAAAUUGGUGAUGGGGGAGAGCAGGUGUGGGAUGGGGGAGAGAGGGUGAAGGAUGGGGGAGAGAGGGUGAGGGAUGUGGUUGGAUCCAACACCGUGGAGCAGAGGGAGGGAGAGACCAUUCAGGCCGCCGGAGAUGGGGGGACUCAGGGUUUAGUUGAGAAAGACUUGUUGGAGGUAGAAGGAAGCCAUCUUGGUGAGCUUAACCCUAACCUCAACCCUAAUCUCGACUCUGACCUUAACCCUAACCUCAAGCCUGACCUCAAGCCUGACCUUAACCCUAACCUCAACCCUAAUCUCGACUCUGACCUUAACCCUAACCUCGAUCUCAACCCUAACCUCAGCCCUAACUUCAAACCUAACCUCCAACCUGACCUCUACCCUAAUCUCAACCCUGACCUUAACCCUAACCCCCACCGCCCCUCCCCUCCUCCGUCAUUGGCCGACACAGAUCGCUCCUCCCAGACCGACCCGCAAGACUUCGCCUUCCUCUGGCGUCUCGACCACAAUCGUCACGACAACCCAACCGACGCCGCGGGAUACCACUUUCCCCCUAACAACACCCUCGCCAUUCUCCACGGCAACCCUUCCCGUUUCCUCCCAGAGGUAUCGGCGGCGGUCUCGGCUGGCGUCGCGGUUCACCCCUCCGGCCAGCGCGUGGUGCCGUACCGUGUGACGCACGAGAAGGGGAGCCAGGUGGAGGAGAGGGAGCUGGAGGAGGGCCGGACCAGACAGCAGAACCUCGUCAUUCUCAGACGCCAUUUUAAACUGGUCAACAGACACACUCUGGAGGACCUCUAUGACACGUGUCAGCAGGAUCUGGAGUGGACCAGUAAUCUGUUGCUAGACUCUGGGGAGAGACUCUUCCUAGAGGAAGAGGAGGAUGAAGAAGAGGGUGAUGAAGAUCUGGACAUGGCCGUAGGUGUGUCCCUGGAGAAGAGGACGGAGGGGCGGGUUACGCCCCCAGGAGAGCAGGCUUCGGCCUCCAGCUUUUCUGAUAGCGAGGCGGUUGUUGUAUUGGGAAGAGGGGAGGAGGAAGAGGAGACGUGGAGGACAGGAGGGGGCGUGGACGAAGGGGUAGGUGGGGUUAGUGGACUGAACCAUCCGGUGUCUGGGGGUGGGGGCGGCUCAGAGGAACAAAACACCCCCUUGGGAGAGUCCACUCGUCUGGAGCACAGACCACCAGGAAGAGAUGUGGCGGAGCAGGAAGUGGUUCGGGACUCGGAGAGCGGAGCUGGCGCAGAGCAGUGGGAGAAAUGGGAGAAGGAGGAGGAGGAGGGAGACGAGGAGCUGUAUUGCGUAGACGAGGUGACCCAGUCGCUCCUAGCCCAGCUGGAGGAGAUGGAGAGGAGAGAGGAGGAGGAGGAGAGGAAAGGGAGGAAGGAGAAGGAGAAGAGGAGGGACAGACUCGUGGACAUCCAGAGUGUUGAACUGAAGCUGCCUACAGAACUGGCUCUGCAGCUGGUUGAGCUGUUUGGCCCUGUUGGUGUCCUACCAGGUGUGUGUUCUCCUGAUGACUACUCUGUGAGGAUGGACCUCAACAUGGCCAGACUGCUGCACCAGAAAUGGAAGGACACUGUCCAGGAGAAGCAGAGACAAGCAGCACUCUCCUACCAUCUACUACAAGAGAGCUCUGUCCACUGGGGCGAAUCACAGACGGCCAAAACCGGGCUCAGGGACGGGUCACGCCCAGCUCACUUCCUGAUUGGUCCAGACGGCUUUGCGUCUCCGAGCGGCCAAUCGGAGGCUCGGGAUGAGUUGCCAAUCCUGGACCACUGGAGUGUGUCCCGCCCUCAUGUCUCUCUCAGGGACAUCAUGACUGAAGAACGGGCUCUACAGGAGAACAUGGAGAGGUCUGGUCCAGGUGGUGUUAACAGGAGAGAUGGAGCUGCCAUGAUGAAGGAGACUCAGCUCUUUGACCUGUUCCCCAGCAUAGACAGACACUUCCUACAGGACAUCUUCAGAGACCACAAUUACUGUCUGGUGCAGACGGAGCAGUUUCUGAGGUCUAUGUUGGACGAGGGCCCUGUGAGAAACGUUGUGGCCCCAGAGCACACCCCCCGUACUCCCAGCAAGGAACGAGACAAGGUACACACACACACACACACACACACACCCCCCAGACAGGGACGCAGAGAUGUAGCCUCCUACUAUGGACAACAGGGUCAUCUCCAUGGUCAGAAGAUGCAUGAAGCCAAUCACCGAGCGGCGGCCCAGAUCUUUGAGCGGGUCAACUCCUCCCUGCUGCCUCAGAACGUUCUAGAUCUCCACGGACUGCAUGUCGACGAGGCCUUACUCCACCUGUCACAGGUGUUAGAGAGGAAGACCACAGAGUGUCAGCAGGGUGUGUGUAGGUCUCAGCUGUCAGUUAUAACAGGAAGAGGGAACCACAGCCAGGGAGGAGUGGCUCGUAUCCGCCCUGCUGUCAUAGACUACCUCAACACACAGGGCUACAGGUUUACUGAGCCUAAGCCAGGUCUGUUGUUGGUGUGUCUGAACUGAGAUGAAGCUGUCAUGUGACUGACUGUCCUUAUCCAGACACUACUGUCUCCUCCCCCUCUCCCCUGGAAUCUACCUCUACCACUUCCUCUCUCACAUACACAAAAAACACACCCUUCUCUCUCUCUCUCUCUCUGUCUCUCUCUCCGUCUCUCUCUCUGUCUC